GUAAUCAGUACAGCUGCCGGACCUACCUACCCCCCCCCUAAGUUCGCUGUCUCUCUCCGCACCCGACCGUACAAUCGGCUUUGCUCUGUCUGUUAAGUUCAUUUGGGUCUUCUCCUCACGCAUGUGCUGCUCGCCAUCCUGUGAUCGGCGGGAGUGGUGCGGACGAUCGAAGAGCGUCGUCCUGACCUCCACUCCCUACCCGUCACCUCAUCUCAGUAGGCAUGCGGUUUCCUGUGUCGGCGUCACUCAGUAGCUCUUGCAGACUUCUUUUCUCUCUUUUCGUACUCUUCUGUCUCUUCUCCUGCCUCAACAUUGUCUCCUGUUCCUGAUGCCGUGCGUGUUUGGAAGAGUUUGCCGGGUACAGUGCAGGGCGGCGGGCCACGGUCCCGCAUGGCAGUCACUUGGACGAGAAGGCCUUCCUCUUGCUAUUGCUUCCUUCCGUUCGGUCAAUGUUGAGAGAAGAGGGUACCAAGCUACGUGGGCUGUUUGAUUUUGAAGUUUUGAUCAUAUGGAGUGCAGUAGCUUCUGGUUGCAAUGUAUUUGAACUCGGAUACCUGAAUAGUGCGACCAUACGGUCUGGAGUUUCAGUGAAGUUUGACUCAGAGUAGAGCUCUGUGUGCUGGUGAUUGAACCCCUGAAGACGAUAGAAGAGAGGGGCUUCCAGUUCUGUUUAGACUGAAGAGGGUGUUGUCUAUGACCUUCGGCUUUGCAUCAAGAUUUCGGUCACUGAAUUGAGAACUAACAGUCAGUCUGAAGCUUGCGCGCUGUGUUGGUUUUGCCAGGGAAGAGCACGUUUUCUCUUUCAAGCGUUGUCAAAGUAAGGGUAAAAAAGAAAGGCAAUGGUAGAUAGGAUCAUGGGAGGAAUGCCAUAGGUUGGUUGGGAGGCAAGACAGGCAAACAAGCACCUUGGCUAGAGGCCCAAGUCCUCCUGGUAUCUGCGACUGGAAGAAGAGGCGUCGGGAGUGGCGGCGGCCGUGAUUGUAGAGGGUGGUGCCCACUUUGCUUCACCCCUCGCGGCAGGAAGAUCCUGCUGUGAAAGGGGUUUCAAUUGACCGUCAUGAUGAAGAGCAGUCGGCAGACCGUGGCAUCUAAACAUGUGUGGUUACUUACCAGAGCGGCAGGAGUGUUCACGACCGUUCUGCUUAUGCUGACAGCGGCCACCGUGUUUUCUGCACUUUGUCUCUACCCAAGUUCCGAUGUGCUUCAUGCUCAUUUAACGGAUAAGGGGGAUGGGGCCAGGUUUCUAUCUCCAUCUGACCAUGCAAUGGUUGCAUCAAGGAGGGUCCUUGACGGUGGUGAUGGGCCCUAUAAUUUGGCAGCCAGCUCCUCACCUGAUGGAGUGUUCCUGAGCUCUGCUCGCCGAGCUCUCGCGACAGCAGUCGUUCACCUUGGACGUGUGGCACGCAUUCUACAGGGUGUCGCACCUGACGGGCCUUCUGCUCCUCCUUCCAGUGCUCCUCCUUCCAGUGCUCGUCCUUCCAGUGCUCGUCCUUCCAGUGCUCGUCCUUACCGUGCUCGUCCUUCCAGUGCUCCCCCUUCCAGUGCUCCUCCCUCUGUUCCUUCUGCCGGGCCUCCUGCUUCUCCCGGGGCUGCGCCCUCCGCUCCUGCAUAUGGAAACUCGUCGAGCAGUGUGGGGAGUCCCCCCUCGUCUCCGGCUGCUACUGCUUCUACCCCCCCUCCGCCUCCCCCUCCACCUCCGCCCCCUCCUGCUCCCACUUCUAUCCCUCCCUCUACUCCUACAGCCACCCCACCGUCGACAGCUGAUUCGAGUCCACCCUUGCCUGCAUCGCCUUCAUCCUCGCUUUCCUCGCCAAUGCCAUCACUCCCUCCUUUGGCAACCCCUACGAACAGCUCAGCCGGAGGAGCAAAUACGACCCGGCCUACAGACUACAACGACUUCACCACAGCUCCGCAGCCUGACUACGGGAAUUACACUGCGAAUCCGACAGAUUAUGGGAAGCCAAGAAAUAACACCGUCACUCCCUCCAGCUCCAGUCCCACUUCACAAUUGCCUUACUACUUCGACCCUGUCACUGGUAUUCCUGUGCCGGUGACUUGGGCGCCCCGAUCAGCUCCAGCGAGUGCGCCCCCGUCAACCUUCCCGGACUACGCCCCCAAUUCCACUGCCGCUCCACCGUCGCUGAAUAACGAUGACCCGGAUAAUGUUGUUCCGACCAAUCAGACAUUGUACAAUCAAACAUGGUUGAAUAUGACCUACCCGCCUUUGACGCUGGAAGGGAGGCCAAUUAUCACGCUUCCCCCGUCCAUGUUUGCCCCUGCGGAAAAGCCCAAUGUGAGCAGCGCAGGCCUUCCACGCACGAAGCACCCGCUAACCUACCUGAAGCACAGCCAACAGCCCAACUUCAUUGUGGCCUUGGAUGGCAGUGGGGAUUUCACUGAGGUGCAGGCGGCCAUUGAUCAUGUACCGUGGGAGUCGGAGAGUAGGUACGUGAUUUUGGUCAAGCCUGGGCACUACUUCGAACGGAUAUGGAUUCCGAAGAAGAAGCCCUUCAUCUCGCUUGUUGGCUGGGGUAGAGAAAUAACCACCAUAUCUUUCAAUCUGACGGCCGACAUCAUGACCAGUAAAGGCGAUGCUAUCAAGACCUACUUUUCCCCAUCGGUCAUUGUCGAAGGACGCGGCUUCAUUGCACGUGGAAUUACAUUCAGGAAUGAUGCGCCUAGGCCUCCGUUUGGAUCGCUCAUCAGUCAAGCCGUGGCCAUUCGAGUGACUGCAGAUCAAGCAGCCUUCUACGACUGUUCUUUCGUUGGAUGGCAAGACACGCUGUACGCUCACAAGGGCAGGCAGUAUUACGAGAACUGUGAAGUCUAUGGCAGCGUCGAUUUUAUCUUCGGAAAUGCCGCUGCGCUCUUUGAGAACUGCUCAAUCUUUGUCCGUGGCACAGGCUGGGUGACGGCUCAGAGUCGUAAGUUCCCGGAGAACAGAACAGGAUUCGUAUUUAAUGGGGGCAGUAUCACACGUGCUGUGGACGGAGACGUGAGUAUUGGAUCGUUGCUGGGUCGCCCAUGGGGUUAUUUCUCCCUCGUACUGUUUGCAAAUACGUUCAUGGACUACUUCAUUCUCGGAGAAGGUUGGGGACGUUGGCUUGGACGAGAGAAGCACUCCAUCUAUGGAGAAUUCAACACAUCGGGCCCGGGUUCUGUUGCUGGGAAUGGUACCUUCCGAGUGCCAUUUGCCUGGAACUUCAGCGAGGCGGAGGUGCGGCCGCUCCUCGGCGAGCCUGGUCGACGACCGGGGUUCGACUUCAUCAUGGCAGAUGAGUGGAUGGAAGUUCCGCCCAACAUCCCUCCUCCUCCCCCGCCAAGCGAUUCCAUGCCGUCGUCUUUGCCGAACAUAUCUAUGGUGGAAAACAGCAGCGCAGGUCCACCCUGGCAAUCAAGCCCCGGGGGUCCACCUCUGGGUUCGAUCCAGCCGGUUCAGCCGAGCUCACCCUGGGAAGCGCAUGAAUCAAGUGCAGGUGGUCCGCCUCCAUUUUCAACCCAGACUGUUCAGCCGAGCUCGCCCUGGGAAGCGUAUGAAUCAAGCCCCGGUGGUCCACCCCCGGUUCCAACCCAGGGUUCAGCCCAGACUAUCCAGCCGAGCUCGCCCUUGGUAGCAAAUGAAUCGAGCUCCGGUGGUCCACCCCCUGUUCCAACCGAGGGUUCAGCCCAGACUAUCCAGCCGAGCUCGCCCGUGGUAGCAAAUGAAUCGAGCUCCGGUGGUCCACCCUCGGUUCCAACCGAGGGCUCAGCCCAGACUAUCCAGCCGAGCUCGCCCGUGGUAGCAAAUGAAUCGAGCUCCGGUGGUCCGGCUCCAUAUUCAACGCAGAGUGUUCAGCCGAGCUCGCCCUGGGAAGCGUAUGACUCGAGCCCUGGUGGUCCCCCCCCGGUUCCAAUCCAGACUGUUCAGCCUAGCUCAGGGGGAGGCAAUCAGCCGUUAGCCGUUGGAAGCGAACCGCAAUCGGGACCAGGAUCUGAAGCUGCAUCUGAUGCUGGAGGUGGUGCUGUUCCGUCCUCUGUAGAACAAGCUGUACCGUCAUCGUCUAUAGGGCAAAACCAAGAGCCAGCAGCCUACAUGACACCUGCUGUGUCAUCUGACAUGAUGCCUGGCCCAGGUAGCCCGGGUGGCGGACAGCUGACGGUUACUCAUAGAGGAAGGAAGGACUAGCCAUCCACGCAGAGGCAUCCUCGGUGCACAGAGUGAUUGCAGGCAGGCUUGCUACCCUGUUGCAUGUCUCCAUGGCUGGGAGAAAGAAGCCAGGUGAGAGUGCUGGCACGUCUGUUUCCCGUUUUUCCCCCAUGCACUCAAACGAAGAAAAUAUAUAUUUUCCAUGAUGUUAUUGCGUGGGUUCCCCAACAAUGGGAGAGUAGGACACAUCUGCAUUUCACUCUUUUAGUUUCACGACAGUGGAAUAAGGCGGGCAAGGAGCAGAGUAAAACAGGAGUACUUCAGGAUUCCCCAACAAUGGGUGAGUAGGACACAUCUGCAUUUCACUCUUCGGUUUCACGACAAUGGAAUAAGGCAGGCAAGGAGCAGAGUGGAACAGGAGUACAUGAUGGUGACGCGUGAUGAUGGCUGACAGGCUCUUCCCGUGCAAGUCGAAAGCUCCAUUGACCUUGUGAUGAAAUAAGGGCGGGAAUAAAGAUCACCCUCGGUUCACUCUUUCCUGUUCUUUCAGCAACAGAUGACAAGAUGGCAACGUUUGUCUGCAUCCUCCCCUGGCCUUGCUUCUGAUAGGGGGUUUCUUGAAGUCUGUUGUAGAUUGACUUCAAGUCUUUCUCAAUCGAGCGUAAUAAAUCUUCCAUAAGAGAUGAAAAGCAGGUAUCGCUCACCUGCCCGUUGCAUGCGUUUCAGUCCACGAGGGGAAUAUCAAGCUCAGCUCUGCAUAACCGCACAUUGACGAGUGCGGUGUGCUGUCAAGUCAUCUGAUCGCCUGGUAAGAAGGUAUGGUCUGUAGAACGUGUCCGGAUGGAUGGAUAUGAUAUGUACUCUAUAUAAUUGCCUGAUCAGUGGGUAUAGCACCUGGUCAAUUGCUGCAUGUAAUGAGCCCUGCGUUGCACUUGGUGUCGUCUCUACUUGCUGCUAGCUUGACCCUCCAAGGUCCAAUUGGUGCAUAUAAAACGAUAGAUGGUUAUGUUGUUAGGAAUUGGACCAUCCAGGUGAACCCCUGUGUAUCAGUGUGUAACAACAAUGUGAUAAGCGGGGGCCGCUGCGUUGCACUUGGUGUCGUCUACUUGCUGCUAGCUUGACCCUCCAAGGUCCAACUUCAUUCUGGUUUGUUUUGUAGCUGCAUCACAUUCAGACAUCCUUGUAAGCCAAGUAGUUGAGAUUAGGGAUCGCUACUGCCUCUGUGUGAAAGCUUCGGAUAAAGAUAUUUCGAAUGU